GCGGAGGCCCUGGAACCUGAACUUUACUCCGGGAAGGCGGCGGAGGGAGGAGCCGUCGGGCCGAGCGGGCGGGCCGGCGCCGAGCUCCCAGCCGCCGGGCCGGGCGGAGGCCCGGGCCGGGGCCGCCCCUCCUCCUACCGGGCCCUCCGCAGCGCCGUGUCCAGCCUGGCGCGCGUGGACGACUUCCACUGCGCCGAGAAGAUCGGGGCUGGCUUCUUCUCCGAGGUCUACAAGGUUCGGCACCGACAGUCAGGGCAAGUCAUGGUGCUGAAGAUGAACAAGCUCCCCAGUAACCGGGGCAACACUUUACGAGAGGUGCAGCUGAUGAACCGUCUCAGGCACCCUAACAUCCUAAGGUUCAUGGGGGUCUGUGUGCACCAGGGGCAGCUGCACGCGCUUACAGAGUAUAUGAAUGGGGGGACCCUGGAACAACUGCUGAGCUCCCCAGAGCCUCUGUCCUGGCCAGUCAGGCUCCACCUGGCUUUGGACAUUGCCCGAGGCCUGCGAUACCUGCAUGCCAAAGGUGUAUUCCACCGAGAUCUCACAUCCAAGAACUGCCUGGUCCGACGAGAAGCCCAGGGCUUCACAGCUGUGGUGGGUGACUUCGGGCUGGCUGAAAAGAUUCCCGUGUAUAGGGAAGGGGCAAGGAAGGAGCCGCUGGCUGUGGUGGGCUCCCCGUACUGGAUGGCUCCAGAGGUGCUGCGCGGUGAGCUGUAUGAUGAGAAGGCUGAUGUCUUCGCCUUUGGGAUCGUGCUCUGCGAGCUCAUCGCCCGAGUACCUGCAGAUCCUGACUACCUGCCCCGCACCGAGGACUUUGGCUUGGAUGUACCUGCUUUCCGAACCCUCGUGGGGGACGACUGUCCACUGCCUUUCCUGCUCCUGGCUAUCCACUGCUGCAGCAUGGAACCCAGCACCCGUGCCCCCUUCACUGAAAUCACCCAGCACCUGGAAUGGAUCCUGGAGCAGCUGCCUGAGCCGGCCCCCAUCACCAGGGCUCCCCUGACACACAGCCAGGGGUCUGUUCCAAGAGGAGGCUCCGCAGCCACGCUUCCCAGGCCAGACCCUCGGCUCUCUCGAAGCCGGUCAGACCUCUUCCUGCCCCCAUCACCAGAAUCACCCCCCAACUGGGGGGAUAAUCUGACACGAGUCAACCCUUUCUCACUACGGGAAGACCUCAGGGGUGGCAAGAUCAAGCUCCUGGACACACCCAGCAAGCCCAUCACCCCCCUGCCCCUUGUACCAUCAUCACCACUACCCUCCACCCAGCUGCCCUUGGUGACCACUCCGGAGACUCUGGUCCAGCCUGGGACGCCUGCCCGCCGCUGCCGCUCACUACCGUCAUCCCCAGAGCUUCCCCGACGUAUGGAGACUGCACUGCCAGGCCCUGGCCCUCCCCCCAUGGGCCCCUCCACCGAAGAGAAGAUGGAGUGCGAGGGCAGCAGCCCAGAGCCAGAACCCCCAGGGCCAACUCCCCAGCUGCCCCUGGCUGUGGCCACAGACAACUUCAUCAGCACUUGCUCCUCAGCCUCCCAGCCCUGGUCCCCUAGAUCAGGACCUCCCCUCAACAACAACCCCCCAGCUGUGGUGGUGAACUCUCCGCAGGGCUGGGCUGGGGAGCCGUGGAACCGGGCUCAGCAUAGCCUGCCCCGGGCAGCAGCCCUGGAGCGGACAGAACCCUCACCGCCCCCUUCAGCUUCGCGGGAGCCCGAGGAGGGCCUGCCCUGCCCUGGCUGCUGCCUUGGCCCCUUCAGCUUUGGCUUCCUGUCCAUGUGCCCUCGCCCCACCCCAGCUGUUGCCCGCUACCGCAACCUGAACUGUGAGGCGGGCAGUCUGCUCUGCCACCGAGGGCACCACGCCAAGCCACCCACGCCCAGCUUGCAGCUGCCUGGGGCACGCUCUUAGCGGUGGGGCCUGCCAUCUCAGGCCUCCAACUUCGGCCUUCUGGACGCCUUGUGAGGACAGAGCGGCACUUGCUGAACAACACCAGCCCCACAUGGGGGAGCCUCACCAUGGACUCGAGGGACACAGCACUUCCUACCCAACCCCUGGGCUCGCGGUCCUGUGGGGAUCACCGAACCAGACACGGCAUUGCUGACACACGAGACUAACACGUGCAGAUUAUUUAAAGAUAUUUCAAUAAAACUGCCUGGCUGGCUCCGGGC